CGGCUGAUGGGAAUGGGGCUGGUUAUCUAGCCCCUGACCCAUUUUUUGUCCUUAAGUUAUGAAUCCGGAUUACACCCGGAUCACGGGUGGAGGUCGGGGCGUCGGGUCGGAGUGGAGCCUGGGUGUUGGCGAGAUGCCACGAGAGGGCCAGCGGUCCAGGGGAGAAUUUGGCAGAGCUGGGGCGGCCAAACGUGCUGGGCCCGGGGAUCUGCAGCGAGCAGGGCUGCCCACGCCUCGGCGCCCCAUUCCCGGUAGGAGGACGGGUGUCGGGGGGCUGUUGCACGCCGCAGAGGAGUCCGAUGACAUCGGGAACCCGCUGAACAAACACUGAAAUAAUGUGUUAGGUAAACAGGGGCGGAAAUCGUUCUGGAAAAUUCCUACGUGUUUGCCAAGGCGGUGGGACUACUUUCUGAAGAGGACACCCCCCCCCCCUUCCCCCUUCCCGGGUCAGAGGGGAUGUAGCAUGAAAACACUUUCCCACCUAACUUUGAACGAAGGCAUCGGUUCUUCCUAAUAAAUCUGCUUUGGUGGGAGAUGGUGCUUCCCCCGCUGCCCGUGUUGCCGGCUGACGGGAACUAAUUAGUUCCCCUGCACGCACCCAGCAGACCCGCUCUCCGGCUAGGAGCGUGGGCCGCCUCCAUCUCACCUUCAUGGAUUUCUCUCGGCAGGGGCAAGUACACCACACAAGUUAAGGAGUUCCCGGGAUUGUCACCAUGAAAGAUCCUGAGUGUCGUGUAUCCCAAACACAGGUGCUCAGGUACCUGGCAAAGCUGUCUUCAGUGGGGAGCAUCUCUGAGGAGGAGACCUGUGAGAAGCUGAAGGGCUUGAUCCAGCGCCAGGUGCAGAUGUGCAAGAGAAACCUGGAGGUGAUGGACUCGGUGCGACGUGGAGCCCAGCUGGCCAUUGAGGAAUGCCAAUACCAAUUCCGCAACCGCCGCUGGAACUGCUCCACACUGGAUACCCUGCCUGUCUUCGGCAAGGUGGUGACACAAGGGACACGAGAGGCAGCGUUCGUCUAUGCCAUCUCUUCAGCAGGGGUGGCCUUUGCCGUGACCCGCGCCUGCAGCAGUGGCGAGCUGGACAAGUGUGGAUGUGACCGCACAGUGCAGGGGGGCAGCCCACAGGGCUUCCAGUGGUCGGGCUGCUCCGAUAACAUCGCCUAUGGUGUGGCCUUCUCGCAGUCCUUCGUCGACAUCCGUGAGAGGAGCAAAGGGGCCUCUUCCAACAGAGCAUUAAUGAACCUCCACAACAACGAGGCAGGGAGGAAGGCGAUCCUGAACAACAUGCGGGUGGAAUGUAAGUGUCAUGGUGUGUCAGGCUCAUGUGAGUUCAAGACAUGCUGGAAAGCCAUGCCCCCCUUCCGCAAAGUGGGCAACGUCCUGAAGGAGAAAUUCGAUGGUGCCACAGAGGUUGAACAGAGCGAGAUUGGAUCCACCAAAGUGCUGGUGCCCAAAAACUCCCAGUUCAAGCCACAUACAGACGAGGACCUCGUCUACCUAGACUCCAGUCCCGACUUCUGUGACCAUGACCUCAAGAAUGGGGUCCUGGGCACCAGUGGGCGGCAGUGCAACAAGACCUCCAAGGCUAUUGAUGGCUGUGAGCUGAUGUGUUGCGGCCGUGGCUUUCACACGGACGAAGUGGAGAUUGUGGAAAGGUGCAGCUGCAAAUUCCACUGGUGCUGCUCCGUCAAGUGCAAACCCUGCCAUCGGGUGGUGGAGAUCCACACAUGCCGGUGAUGAAUAGGGGAGGGCACCCACCUGUAUCCUCUUUAAGUGACCCUGCUUCUCCCUUGCCCCACAGCCAGGACUGAGGAAGUGACCCAGAUGCUGCAGGGAGAGCACAGCUCUUUACAGAGACAGAACCACAGAGAAAAACAGAUUUUAAAGAAAAAAAUAUUUAAAGUUUAAAAGACCUGA